AUGAAGAGGACGAGGAGCUCAGAGGCAAGCCUGAGCAUGGAAACUAAGCCAGAAUCCGAGUACGACGUGUUUUUGAUUUUCAGGGGAAGCGACAUGCGCCUAAACUUCACUGAUUUCCUUUACCGCAGCAUGGUACAUGUGGGGAUCCGCGUUUUCCUCGACAGUGAAGAACUCGAAGAUGGUGAACAAAUCAGUGAAGUUUUGAAGGCAGUGAAUGAGUCUCGGAUCUGCAUACCCAUCUUCUCUCAAAACUUCGCCUCUAGUUCAUGGUGUCUCUAUGAGGUAGCCUGCAUGGUAGAAUGCAUCUCGAAAUCAGAUCCAAAGAAAGAGAUCAUCCCCAUUUUCUAUGAUGUGAAGGCUAAUGAUGUGAAGCUCAAAACCAAUUUGUACAAGAAAGCCAUACUCAAGCACAAGGAGAAGGUUGGCUCUGAUGAAUUGGAGCGAUGGGAAAGUGCCCUUGUCGAGAUUGGAGGUAGAAUUGGAUUGGAACUUUUGGGCAAACGGUAA